CCCUUCUCUCUCCUACAGGUCACAUUGGCCAAGGCCCCUGCCCCAGGUGGGAGGGGGGCAGGGCCAGCUUGGCAGCCGCCCCCCACUACAGCAAAGCCCCCCCUGACACCCACCACUGGGGCCCCGAACCCCACCUGCCCUGCCAGACCCAGCCGCUGCCCUUCCCCCGAGCACUGGACCCUGCCCCCCGCCACCCGCAGGCCCCACCCAAGCCCCCAGCCCCCCUGCACUUCCACCCCCCACCUGUGGCCUGUCUCAACACCACCCCCCAGUGGCUGGGCCCCCCCUGCACUGCCCCUCCAUAUCCUCCCGAGCCACAGCUGCACCAGCGCCACCACUUCCUAGCUCCCCGCCCCCCCGGCGCUGCCACACACCCCCGGCGCCCGCUGCUGGAGCCCGCAGCCGAGAACCUGUACUACGAGAUCGUCCCAGAGCCGCCCGUCUACCGGCCCUGGCCCCUGGGCCCCCCGCGCCUCCCGGCACCCCGCAAGUACAUGGCCACCCUCAACGCCUCCUACGGCGUCUUCCAGCAGCCCAGGCCCAACCCCUUGGCCCCAACCCCACCCUUCUGGGCCAUCUUCGAGGAUGGGCGCGUCCCCUACGAGCCACCGGAGCCCAUCUACGUCAACAUCCCCUUUGCUGGCCCUCCGGCAGGGCCAGAGGCCAGGGGGCACCGCCGCAGCAGGGCCACGCCCCCCUCAUCCUCGUCCUCCGCCUCGGCCUCCCCUCCGCCGGAGGGCGGGCACCUGCGCAGCCGCUCUGAGCCUGGCGCUGCCCGCGCCGCCCUGCACCGCCCCCCGGUGCCGGCCCUGCCGCAGAAACAGAGGCAGGGCCUGCGGGCAGCACCAGGCUGGGCCUACGGAUCACCAUCAGUGCCCGGACUUUACCGCCAGCUACUAGACGUGCUGCCCUGUGGCGGCACCAUGCUGCGGUUCUACCGCCCAGCACCACCUGGCUGGGAGCCGGCCACCGGCUGCACCCCUCCCUUCACCACCUACGCUGAGCCCUCGCCCCGGCCUCCUGCCCUCCUCAGCCCUAGCCUGCUGGACGGUUACCGGCUGGGGCCCUACUCCCCCUAUGCAGAGCGCCUGCCCCCCCAGUAUGGCAACGUGGAGAAGAAGGAGGGGCCACCCCCACCACCUGCGUGCCUGGCUCCCAACUGGACGGUGCACUCUGAGGGGCAGACCCGGAGCUACUGCUGAUGGGGGGCCCGGGCUGGACCACGAGGGACCCUGGGUGGGGGGGCUGGAGGACCUGUGUUGAGCUCCCCAAGUGCUGACACAUACCCCUGGGUGCAGGAUCUGAGCAUUGGCUGGGGACCAUUGCUGAGAGAGUCAGGCUGUGACAUCAUGUGAGGCCCCAAUAACGUCAUCCGAGGUCUGUAUGACACGCCUGAGCUGCUGCAGGGCUGGAGUGAUAUCACACUGGGAUCAUGAAUGGCAGGAGGAUGGGCACUGUAACAUCACAAUGAGGCCACCAAUGGCCACAGGACUGGUACAGUGACAUCGCUACAGGGCCAUCAAUGGUGGGAUGAACACCCGAUGUGACGGCAGCCCAAUUGCAUUGCUGCUCCCCAAUGAUGUAACAGCUGCUCUCCAAUGACCUCAGGGCCCCUCAGUGACAUCACCACAUCCCAUAUGCUAUCACUGGGCUACAAUCACCAUCACACCCAGUAUGACAUCAUUGCCCACCUUGGCUAGGCCUCCACCUGCUGAUGCUCAGUGACCGCCUCAGUGUGACAUAGGGAGGGGGCACAGGUGACGUCAGCAAAACCAUGAAUGACAUCACUAUCUGACUCCGCCCCCCAGGGGCCAGUGUGGGGCAUAAAACUAUUGGGGUCUUGCCCCACUGCCAGCCCUGGUAAUAGGGGGACCCUCCCUGCCCCCUGGGGGGGGGCAGGGGACGCUGUUCUAUAAAGCUUUUAAAGCUGAGAAAGAUUUCUAACGUUUUAACCCUUCAUUAACCCAAUUAAAACACCCCCACCCUGAGAUGGGAUCCCCCAGCGAGGGGGGGGCACCAAGGGUAGUGGAGGGAGGCUAAAGGAAAAAAAUCCCUCCCCAGCCUGCCUGUCUGGCCUCCCUGGUCAGCAUGACCCAUGAGCUGGGGGUGGGGAGCAUGUACAUAUCUGGCUAGAUUGGGGGUGUGCCUGCUGCCCCCUGCUGGAGGAGCUGAGCCCUGCUUGGGGGGUGUGAUGGUGGGUGCUUGGUUGUGUUGUGUGGCUGUGGCUGUAGUUGUCUGGUUGUGGCAGUACCGCAGUGUGUGUGGGGUAUGUUAUGGGGUAGCUGGAGGUGUCGGGGGCACCCCCUGCUGACCCUCCCAGUGGCUGAGAACGGCAAUUCCUGGGGGUGGGCAGCAUCUGACUGACUAUUGCACUAACUCCCAUUGUGACUUUGGGGGGUCCCCUGGGAGUUAUGACCUUUGACCCCCCCCCAUACCCUGAACCCCCCACCCCCGUGAUAAAGGGGCAGUGCUGUGACCAGCUGGGCCCAGGGUGGGUGGGGUUGCCCUGGGAGUGCUGACCUCCGCCAAUACCCUAAUCCUAUAACCCACCCCCAGCCAAAAUCCCACAGAUUGGGGGGGAAGGGCUAAUCCUGGUUCACCUAAUUCAGCCCCAUCCCCACUGCAGGGCCCUGGGGUGCUGCUGUGACUGUUCCCCUGGUGAGUGUAUUUGUUGAAGAUCCUGCCCUCCCCCCAUUCUGUACUAAAUGGUUUAAACCAACCCCAUUAACUAAUAAAGACAAAAACGAAAACAAAAAA